UGCCGACAUGAUCGAUGAGAAGAUUAUGACACCAAAGAAUGUGAAUUGGGUGAACAUGAUCAUCGUGUUUGAUACAGAAACACAAACCCAGGCGUUAAGUUGGGUCCGCUCAAGUAAUGCUGGGAAGUGGGUCAACCCGGUUUGACCCGCCCGCUGCCGGUUGAGUCAUUCUUUUGAUUCAAAAGUUUGAUCAUAACCCGCAAGAAGAAAAUAUUACAUUCGAAAAAUAUAUAAAAAAAAAAGUGUCAAAUCAUGAAUUAAAAAUUCCAGCUAAAAAAUCAGUGUUCAUCAUAUUUUUAUAUCUUUUAUUUAAAAAAUAGUUUUUUAGCUUUUCUAAGUUAAAAUCUAAGACAAGCUAACAAUCAUCCCUUAGACGAAACUAAAAACCCUAGACUGAGGUUAAUCAUAGUCUUAUAUCUUUUAUUUAAGAGAUGGUUUUGGUUUUUUUAAUUAAAAUUUAAAAAAAACUAAGAAACGUUUCUUAGACAAAGUUAAAAACUCCAGAAACUGAAGUUAGUCAUAAUCUUAUAUCUCUUAUUUAAAAAACGGUUCUUAAUUUUUCUUAAUUAAAAUCUAAGAAAAGUUAAGAACCGUCUCUUACCCGAAACUAAGAAUCGUUAAUCAUGGUCUAAGUUAGACUACAAAAAUAAAUAAAGGGAGAUUAUCAUUCGGAUUGAAUCGUGAUAUAUCAUUAUAAACCGGUAAAACCAAGUCAAACCGGGAAGUAAUCCACGUCAGCCGCACGAUUAUUCACUGCUUCAUCUGUCGAGUCUCGACGUUGACAUUUGACUUAAAAGUCAAAACUGAAAUCGAUGGCCGGAAUAAACUCUUCGCCGGCAACGAUCAAGCUCUUCUCCGUUCUACUUCUCCUUCUCACAAUCUCACCCCCACCACCCAUUUUCGCUAAAGCCUUCUCCUUCCCAUUCACCUCCUUCUCCCAAUACAAAACCCUAAUCUCAACCUCACGAUCCCUCCUCCUCCGCGUCGCGAACCUUCGCGCCUCCCGCGGAGACGCGUCGGGGUCGUCUCGGGUACGCGCAAUGGCUGAGGAGAUCGAUCGUGGGUUGGGGAUAGGGUUCCUGAGCAGAGCGUGGUCCGUUGGGUGGGAUUACGUGUGGAACUACGCUUGGAGAAAGGGUGGGAUCGACUACGGUGAGGUGUACGGUACGAUCGGUGAUCUCAACGAGCUUAUGAGUAUUGUUACGGAGUUCAAUCGAGCUGAAUCGAACGCUCAGAAAGCGAGCUCUGUUGCCAGGAGUUAUGGCAAAGCUCUUCGUGUCUCGAAGCAGUUGCUUCGUCGUCUCCUUAGAAUCUUUGGCAAAUCGGUAAGUGUAAGAGUUGUUUCUUCUGGAAGAUUCAUAAAAGUUGUUUCUUGAAAGAAAGAAAAAAAAAAGGGUGCAUUGAGGGAGUUUUGGGAGAUGGUGCAAGCUGAAGUAGUAGAUGGAGAGUUAUUACAUGACUGUCUUGAAGUGGGAAGUAGCGAUGUUAAGAGUUUGCUUCAAAUAGCGAAAGACAUGGCUCUACAAUACUUUUCUUCUACAAGCCGUUCCUCGGAUGAGUUAUAGCUACAGAGAUGAAGAGUUUUCAUGUACGUAUCUUCUUUUUGUUGUAAACAAUAUUAUUAGUAGAUUAUACGUUUUUUUCUGCUUUGAAUCUGAGUUCUUUCCAUCGUGUUUUUUUCAUGGAAUGUGACUUGUUUGCCAUGUUGUAUAGACGUAGGCAUUAAGCCAAAAUCUUCUGGGAAAUUCGCCAAAACCGUUUUGUUCGGUACAUUUUUUUUGCUAGAUAAGUUAAAGAGAUUCGUAGACUUGAACCA